UCCGGCCGCUUCGCCUCCUGUGUUGUUUGGCCCCUGCUGCGCGCCGUAGGGAGCUCCGUGCGUUGCCAUAGAGACCCUUCAGCACCGAGUUGGGGGCCGCGGAGACUCCGGGCUGGUGGGGACCAGAGCGCCAUGUCCUUCCGCGACCUCCGCAAUUUUACAGAGAUGAUGAGAGCCUUGGGAUACCCUCGACAUAUUUCUAUGGAAAAUUUCCGCACACCAAAUUUUGGACUUGUAUCUGAAGUUCUUCUCUGGCUUGUGAAAAGGUAUGAACCUCAGACUGACAUACCUUCUGAUGUUGAGACGGAACAAGAUCGAGUAUUCUUUAUUAAGUCAGUUGCCCAGUUCAUGGCCACAAAAGCACAUAUAAAACUCAAUACUAAGAAGCUUUAUCAAGCAGAUGGGUAUGCAGUGAAAGAACUACUGAAGAUCACCUCUGUCCUUUACAAUGCUAUGAAGACAAAAGGGAUGGAGGGCUCCAAAAUAGGAGAGGACGACAUCAGCAAAUUCAAGUUUGAUCUUGGCUCAAAGAUUGCAGAUUUGAAAGCAGCCAGGCAGCUUGCUUCUGAAAUCACCUACAAAGGAGCAUCUCUGUAUGACUUGCUGGGCAAGGAGGUAGAGUUGAGGGAACUGAGAACAGAAGCAAUUGCUAGACCUCUGGAAAUAAACGAGACUGAAAAAGUGAUGAGAAUUGCAAUAAAAGAUAUUUUGGCUCAGGUUCAGAAGACGAAAGACCUGCUCAAUAACGUGGCCUCUGAUGAAGCUAAUUUAGAAGCCAAAAUUGAAAAGCGGAAAUUAGAACUGGAAAGAAACCGGAAGCGACUCCAGACUCUGCAGAGUGUCAGGCCAGCCUUUAUGGAUGAAUAUGAGAAGAUUGAAGAAGAAUUGCAAAAGCAGUAUGACAUUUAUCUGGAGAAAUUUCGAAAUCUAGCUUAUCUGGAACAGCAACUCGAGGAUCAUCAUAGGAUGGAGCAAGAGAGGUUUGAGGAAGCCGAAAAUACUCUCCGUCUGAUGCAGAACAAGCUGAAGGAAGAAGAAAAGCGACUACUCAAGAGUGGAAGUCAGCCAGGAGAGCCCGAAGCUGCCCUAAGUGAUAAGACCGCAUGGAAUUUAUCCCCUCCUGGGAGGCCUGGCACAGGUAAUGACGACUCUGAUAUCGACAUCCAGGAGGAUGAUGAAUCUGACAGUGAACUGGAAGAGAGACGGCUGUCCAAGCCACGGACAGCCAUGGAGGUGCUCAUGCAAGGAAGACCUAGCAAACACAUCGUGGGCACAAUGCAAGGUGGAGACUCCGAUGACGAUAUGGCAGGAGCACCAGCUCUGUUAGGUAAAUGCAAGACUUCCAGCUCCAGGAAACAGGAAGACUCCGAGGACAGUGAGAUUGACAUGGAAGACGACGAAGAAGAUGAUGACGAUCUGGAAGACGAGAGCAUUGCACUCUCUCCAGCUAAGUCUAGCCGAAGGGUCCGGAAACCUGAGCCCCUGGAAGAGAGUGACAAUGACUUCUGACUUUCUUGUCAAGGGACCCAAGCAGAUUAAAACCCUCAGAUUUGUAGGUAAAUGAGAAUUUAAAAGGUUAGAAAGGAAACAUACUUUGUUUUCUAAGUCAGUUGGACUUAUUGUUACUGAAGUAUUACCUGUUUUUUGCUUUAGCCUCCUAUCUGUUACUCCAUGAAGCUUAAACAAGAACCAGAGCAAACUCCAAAGAUGAUUUUUUUGCCUUAUCUCCUAAAGAAAGGGAAAUAAGUGUGUGCUUAGCGAUUCACAUCCACAAGACAGAAACUUGAGGAGAAACAAGUUUCUAUGAAAGUUUUGAUUAUUGUUGUCGUCACAUCUGUCCUCUGCGAGUCAGAGGACAAACCUGCGGCUGGCACUGCACAUAAGGACUCGUUUUAGGAAUCAGCGUCGGACUAUUAGUAACUUGUACAGUUUAGAGGCUCUUAAUUCUAGCUUCUAUUCUGUUUUAUAGUCUUUUUUCCCCCUGCAUGAUCACAAUACCAAGCUUUAAAUGUAUUUUACUAAAAUUUUCUGAAUGGAAUUUAGUUAAGUCAGAUGAAAAUCAACUUUCUUUGAAAAUUAGGCAACAGAAGAUCCUCCAGAUUACAAAUACCCUAUUUUCUCUCAGAAGGCCAGCAUUCCUUCUUAGGAAAGUUGACUUAAAAGAAUAAACCAGAACUGAAAUAGGUAGAGUAACACUAGAAUUUCCCUAUUGUGAAGAGACAAGUGACAGGUGGCAUUUCUGUUUGCUUCUUAGAAAGCGCAGAACAGUCUUUAUUGGUAUUCAGUUAUAAAGUAAGAAGACUUCUGAAGUUACUUCUCCUAAUAAAUGUUUUUAAUAGAAUAUUUUUAUAUUAUUAAAUUUCACUUGAAAAUGUAA